AUGUCGAGCGCUGAGAGAGUCAGGCCGAGCGGAGGAUGGCCGACUCUAUCGCAGGAGGAUAUCAGUGCUGAUAUCAAGUACAUGGUACGGCAGUCGUAUGGGGCUGAUGGCGGCCUCGAUGGAGCAUCACCAAGCAGACAUCGAAAGAACACGGGAUUAGCACAUGAGCUUGCGCGGGCUGAUGCCACAUCGUCGUUGUGGUCCUUGCUGAUGGAAGCUGAGAUGCUGAGGAUGACGCUGUUGAAGGUGUCACCAUCGCCAAUCGCCGACAGUGGAGCUCCGUUACUCUCGGAUGCGGCACUUGCUGCCUUCACCGACGACGACCUGCCGGAGCUCAUCCUGCCAUCAACACUCUCACUCAGCACUGUGGAGGAGUACCUUGAGGUGUGCCGCGAGAAUAAAAGCCGGACGUAUCCUAUGAGGACCAUCCCUGGCGAGGACCUACCCCUCGGCCUUGCUGAUGUUGAUGUUAAGCAGGACGCUAAGGACAUGAACCGCGAUAUGAUCACAAUCGAUGGUGUCCUCUAUGAAGGGGCGCAUGCUGGGUACGAUGGCAUAGUCAGUGCGGUACAGUUUGCACUGCCGCAGCAGAUGAUGAAUGCAGAGAGUGUGGCCCGAGUGAUCGUAACGAUUGCGAAUCGAACACACUCAGGUGGUCUGUGUUUCGAGAAGGUCACUGAGGUAUACCAGCAGCCUGAUGUCGUGAUAAUAGGGCCCUGUUCCUCUGUAGCGGAGCCCUUAGAUGUUGUGAUAGCAUCUGGGGACUCCUCGAGUACUUGGGCAAUGGUCCGGGCUCACACUCAAUAUGCAGUGUAUUCUGAUGGCGACCACCGCGAGCUCCUCAGAGUCGAUGCCGACUUCCUCUGUCGCCUCGCAGUUGAUGUAGACUGUACGGGCGAGGGACACUUCGUACAAGGAGAAUUAACGGUACCGAGUAGUGGCAAGGCACUGGAGGUAGGGUCGAGUAGCUCGGAGUCGGGUGCCGAGCAUAGACUGCGGAAUGAUGGCUUGACCGUUGAGAGUUAUGAUAUCCACAUUGAUUUGACUUCUGCCAUUAAUUCUGAAUCGGAGUUGAUUGGCAGAUAUCAAAAUCGUGAGUUCGAAGGUGAGCUCUGUGAUGGCAUCCUUCGUAUUUGUCAAAUACUCAAAUACUAUUUGAUUUAUCAAUAUGUUGUCUCGAUCAGCGAGACGGCAAGUGUUCUGGGCAACAUGCCGGUUCAGCGAACGGAGGCAUUCAGCUACUCUAUGAUCUCGUUCCUCAGUGAAGAUUCUGAGGAUUCUAUAGUUGGAGACAUUGAUACUGAGAUUUCGGACAAUAGAGAGACACCGUGCGAAGAGCGAUCACCUGCUGAAGAAAGGCGGAGAAAGCGGCAUUCUAUGACAGACUGUGAAUCAAGCACUGACCAGUUGAGCACGAUGGCGGAAUAUGCUCUGUCAGAGUCUGAUGACUCGGUGGACGGCAUGCCUUCGACGAAACGACGUAAAGUUUUGAAAGAACUGUGUACAGGAGUGAGGACAACAUUCGAGCCAACUCCCAAGAUGUCAUCGUAUCUUCUAGCAUUUGCUGUCGGUGACUUCGUUCAGCUAUCCGGCAAAGAUACCCCGGGAAGAGACGCUCGAGUCUCCAUAUGGUGUCGGAGAUCCCAGGCUUCUAAGGGUAACUUCGCUCUUGAGAUCGCAUCGAAGUGUCUGGUGUAUUAUGAGUCGGAGCUCUUCAACACGAAGUAUCCUCUACCCAAGUGCGAUUUGUUAGCCGUUACAGAUCACCAUUUCGGGGCUAUGGAGAACUGGGGACUCAUUACCUUCCGUGAGCAGGAUCUUCUGUUGAACGAAGAAUCGGGCUCAGCUGAGGCCGUCUACCGUAUCACUGUCACUGUCUGUCAUGAACUUGCCCAUAUGUGGUUUGGCAACAUCGUCACCAUCAAAUGGUGGAAUGACAUUUGGCUCAAUGAGGGCUUCGCGACAUGGACUUCAUACGCUGCUGCCAACUACAUUUUCCCGGGUUCCAGUCUCUGGGCAGCAUUUCAGACCUCUAUGGUUGACAGAGCAAUGCAACUUGAUUGCCUCGAGAGCUCCCAUCCCAUACAGGUCACCUGUUUGGAUGGACGCGAGGCCUUUGAUAAUUUCGACGCUAUCUCGUAUAACAAAUCUGCAGCUGUUAUCCAUAUGCUCACUACGCAUAUUGGAAUGGCACGGUUUAAAGACAGGAUUCACACUUAUCUCGAUCGCCACAAUUACCCAUACCUCCUUGCUAACAUGGUGGAUGAAAACACAGUUUCAAUACGCCAAGUCGCCGUGGGAGGUACCACGUUGAUGCCCAAUUCUGAGCUCAGAAUAAAACUCUCCGCGAGUGAGACACUCCAUCUCAAUCCGGAUACUACUGGCUUUUACUCGGUUGUUUAUUCACCGUCACUCCUGCAUCGUAUAACCUCUCUCGAUGCGGCGAUGCUGAGUCCGCUGGACCUCAUUGGUCUCAUUAGAGACUCUACGAUGGCGAUGACUGAUGGUCGCUUACCGCCCAAGGAAUGGUAUAAACUUCUCCUGAAGUUUUUCGCCACGGGUGAAAUCGACGAGACUGUCGGCAUUCAACUCGGAAGUCGUAUACUGGUAGGCCGUUUUUGCACAACAUCCAUGGGCUCUCCCACAUCACCCCAGCCCUCAAGUCUGGACAGCUUCUCGUCACACGUUACGGACAGUAUUGCAGGACGUGGUCUGAGGGUUGGCUCACUGCGUAUCAUGCUGGACUGUCAAGAUCCCGCAACAAUUGAGGCAUGCUCUAAGCUUUUCGAACAAGGGGGAUAUUCUCUCCCGGACUCGGUGCCUGAGGAUAUCCACGGCUGGGUCUACGCGGGUGCCGUAGCAUGUCCUAAGAAGGGGAUUGCUCGAGCCAGACUACUCUUGGAACACUAUGAGAGUCGACAUCCUGCUAGCAUUGAUCGUCAGCAAAAGACUUUGGCCAUAAUCGGUGAAGUCGCUGAUGCUGAUAUACAGCGCGAAAUACUCUCACUACUACUGCCGAAGAGAGUGGUCCGGCCACAAGAUUGGCGGUGUGUCGUGGAAAGCUGUACACAUAAUCGUUCAAUAGGACUCGAUGUGGUUUGGGAAUGGUUGACUACUUGGUGGAAGCAGAUACAGGAACGCUUUCGCAGUUCGGGGGCUAUGGGCAUCGGUAGCAAGCUUCUUGUUCUAGUGUGCGAGAACAUGAGCACGAAGGAAGACCUUUCUCGUGUUACGAAGUUCCUGAGAGAAAAUCCAGAUCCGCGGAUGGCUCGGACUUCGAGUCAAUUGAUCGAUCGAAUAAAGCGCAACAUUUCUGUGAGGACACUUCUCGAAGACUCUGUUGUUGACCUUGAAAGGCUGAUUAGUGAUUAAUAUUCUCGAAAGAUGAUUACACUAUUUUUG